CGCCCCGCGAUGAGCGCUGCCGGGAUUAGGUGGAUGCUAUGGGAGCCGUAAUCCCAGCCUAGUUUUCUGAAGGAGCCCUUCCGUAUAAAGGAAUAAACAUCGCCUUGGGCUGCUGACUUGGUCAGCAGAAGGCGCGGUGAAUGGAGGCGGUGGGUGCAGCACUGAUGUGUGUCCCUGGUUCGGAGCCAGGGGCGCUGGAGGCGCCGCGCCCGCUCCCCCUGGGGCAGCGCACGGCUUUCCCUUGGGACGCGGGUGGGAUCGGCCUGGAGUCUGGGUUCGGGUUUGAUUUAAAAUAAAAGUGUAUUACUUCAUUACCAUGAUUUGGGGGGAAGGGGGAAAAAAAAAAAAAAAAAAAAAAAAAAAGGAUUUUGUGUGUUCUGGGAUGCUUCCUAAUCCUUUAAGCAUUGAUCCUAAAUGACGCCUAAAAUCCACGCCGCAGGAUUGCGGCCUGCCCGGGGUGAUGAAGGCUCCGGGCGGUCUGUGGACAGCUCUUCUGGCAUCUCCCGUGUGCCCGAGGCCGCUCCUUGUGCUGACCCCGGCCGGGGACACACGCGGCUCUGUCCCGAGCCUGCUCCUUGGACAAGAGGAGGGAAAUACUCCCUGCCUGACUCCCAGCGUGUGCCCGGGGAUGCCAGCCUUCACAGGAACCAGAAACUUCAGGAACGGUCAAAACAAUCUCCUCGGCAUUUAUUAGCACAUGUUUGCUUAUUGAUAAGCACAGACAAGGCAGAUGAUGAUGAAAUUAAUUAGUGAAAAUAACACAUUAAAAAACAGUGGUUGUAAACCACAGUCAUGGUCUAAAAAACCUCUUAAGUAAGAAAUUAGUUCGUUGUGGCUCACAUAAAUGUUGUGACUGAAUUGCCAGGUCAAAUUUACUGAUGUGCUUGUUGAAAGCUACUGCAGUGGUUUAGAAAAGGGAGGAGGUGAAAUUACUGCCUGUGCUAUUUCCCAGUCCCAAAUUCACUACGGUCUGGGACUGAGAUGGGCAGCUCUGGAUUGGGUUCCUGCUUUGUUCGUUUCUAAGCUUUGUCUCACAAAUCAGGCAGCCCAUUUUUCCAUCCAGUAACUGACAACGUUAUGAGGAGCUAGCAAAGUUAGGAUAAACUGCACUCACUAGUUUUGUAAAAUCUAAUACUUUUUAAAAUGCACUUGGCUUUCUGUCUUAGAGGAAAGAUGGUUGUGUUUUAAGUGUUUUUAUUUCAUCAUAUAUAUGACAGCUAGCACUGCAUGCCAGUUAAUGAUGCUUUUAAAAGUGUCCUUUAUCUUAACUGGAGAAAAUGAUGAAACUUUAGACCUCAGCGCUUCUCUGCUACUAUUCUGCUUUUCUAUUUUUUCUUGCUGCUAAUUGGAUUAAGAACUCUUUUGGCUUCUAUGGCAUCCGGUCUCGGUACAGCUACUUAGAGAAGAUGACAGAUUUGGUGGCUGUUUGGGAAGUAGCUUUAAGUGAUGGUGUUCAUAAGAUUGAAUUUGAACAUGGGACCACUUCAGGAAAGCGUGUUGUCUAUGUUGAUGGAAAGGAAGAAAUAAGAAGAGAAUGGAUGUUUAAAUUAGUGGGUAAAGAAACAUUCACUGUUGGAGCUACUAAAACUAAAGCUGCUAUUAACAUUGAUGCCGUCGGUGGCUUUGCAUAUGAAUAUACUUUGGAGAUCAAUGGAAAGAGUCUCAAGAAGUAUAUGGAGAACAGGUUAAAAACAACCAAUACCUGGAUAUUGAACUUGGGAGGUACAGACUAUAGAAUUGUUCUAGAAAAGGACACUAUGGAUGUGUGGUGCAACGGCCAAAAAAUGGAAACAGCGGGUGAAUUUGUGGAAGAUGGGACUGAAACUCACUUCACUGUUGCUGAUCGCAGCUGUUGCAUUAAGGCUGUCAGUAGUGGGAAACGAAAGGAAGGAAUUAUUCAUACCCUCAUUGUGGACAACAGAGAAAUCCCAGAGGCUGUGGAAUAGCCCUGGUUAACUGAUUAUGGUAGGACUAAGAUCAGGAAUUUUCAAUUACUGUGGUAAUUAUUUUGAUAUGUACUACUUGGUACAUUUAGCUUGUGCUGGCUUUAUUUUCUAGUUUCUGUACAUGAAAUUAUUCUUUUUGAGGACCAGAUGAAAAUAAUUAUAUACAACCUCUUACGUUACCAUUUUUUUAAAAAAACCUAUAUAUAUCUAGAAUGUAUAGUAUAUCACUACGUGUGGAGAACACUGGUGAACUUAAAGAGAAAUUAUACAUCAGGAAAAAAUCAUUCUGUAAUAAAAUGGAAGAUAAAUAUUCAGUCACACUGAAUCCUUAACUGCAGGUGUAUGUGGAGGGAAGAGAAAGCCUUUACUGGGCACAGGAGUAAGAUGUUAAAAGCUUUCGCUAAAAUUAUUUUUUCUAUUAAACUGACUACAAACCUUUUCAGAUGCAGUUAAGGGGAGUUACAAAGUUAAUAAAAAGUUAAUAAUGAAAUACACAGUUACCAAUACUUGUGUUACAGUAUUAAAGUAAUACUGAGUUUUGAAAACUGUUCUUUAUUCCCACUAGGAGCAAGAUGUUACAUUGUGCCAAAAAUAACAUUCCUUUAGGUGUUCUGAAAACUGAUGCUGUAGUUCAGAAACUCUGUACUGAGUUUUUUCAAAACAGAAAGAAAAAAAAAAAAUCCUGCCGUGAAACCCCUUUAAAAAUGAUACCUCUUGACACAUGCUGAAAUGAGAACUUAUCUUCGUUCAGUGCUAGCAAAUCUUAAAUCUACAACUAUGUGUUUUCAUGGCAGUAAUGUGUGAAUCAAGAAACAUGAGGAAAAAGGGGACAGAAGUGGAAAACAAUUGGUUACUUAAAUGGAAUAGUUAAAAUAGGAAUAGACUAAUUCUGUUUUCAGAACUGUAGCAUAAUUUCUAAGAGCAACCUUUGGAUUUCUUGAGAACAAACCUCGUGUGUUAAGAGACUCACACUACAAAACUACCCUUUGCAACAGCAGGCAUAGCUAAUCUUAAAAAUAAUUUUUACAAAACCCAAAAUAUAAAUAUAUUAAUCUAGAAGUUUAUUUUGUAACGGUUAAAAAAAUUUUCCACUUUUAACCUCAGAAUUCAGAAUUAGACUUUUAUAACUUAAUUUCUUUUGGACUUGUGAGUGGUUCCUAGCACUACAACUACUAGCUCAGGAGAUGCAGAUGCAGUACAAGCAUCCUGGGAAUCCAUUAACAAAUUAUUUUGAAAAGUUUUAUUAAAUGCUGAUUUCAUCUGUGUUUUAGAGAUCAGACUGCUCCCCAUUUGCAGGCUUUACUAAAGAAAGCUUCCAUGUACCCAAGUGCUGGACUGAAUCCCCUUUUACACUGGAAUUACUGUAAUAGCUAGCUAGCUCUCGGGCUUUUCCGUGUAUUUGCUUCAGGUCACUGCAGAAGCAGCAUGGGGAUACCUGGCUACAAGGCUGACAAUGUAAUCUUUAAAAGAUGUUGGUAAAGGUAGAUUAAUUGAAAAAUAAUUUCAAGCUGUAGCUUGAACCAGUUCUCUACUAUUUUGUAGCCUUUCAAAUAGAUUGAAUGUUGCUGAGAAAUCUGAAGCUCAUGUACAAAUCACAUUCUUAAGACUGUAUAGAAAAAUGCAAGUUAACAGAUAGUGACAUUCGUACUUUUUAUUUUGAAUACAUGUAUCUACAAUGCUUGAAGUAACUAAUAAAAACUGUAAAAGCAACCAC